AUGAACAGUGAUACUUUUGAGGCAAGUUUUAUUAUUUGUGAAAAAUGCUACAAAAGUGGAAACUAUGAAGAGGAAAAAUGGGCAGAUGAUUUCAAGUUAGAAGAUACUCUGAAUCUGACAGUUUACUGGACAGAGGAGGAAGCACUUCUUCUUUUAGAAUCUGCUCUAAAGCUUGGAGAUGCAUCUCAAAGCUUAUGCAGCAGCCAUUUGGUGAUCUUAUGCUGGGGGCUGGUCCUAGGAAAGACUGAAGAACCAAGCUCUGAGGUUCAGACUAAGGACCAGCUGAGCAGAGAUGCCAAUUGUGAAGGUCCUCCACGGAAACAAGAUGCUGAUUGUGAUACUGAGAAUGCAGAAGAAGAUAAAAGCCCUAAACAAUCAGGCUAUGGUUUCAACGUGCUUAUUCGUUCUGUUCUUGACAUACCAAAUAUUUUAGUACAAAUUUCACCUGUGAAGAAUAUAAUAACUCUAAAUUUGAGAACACGUGCUGCAACUGCGACAGCACUUGGUGCAGCUGCUGCAAAUGUUAAGGUUUUGGCUGAUAAUGAGGAGAGAAAGAUUGGUUACUUGCUCAAGAAACUGCGGGACAAGGUGAAGCAUUUUGAAGAUCUCGAGCUAAUCAUGGAAAACAAAAAUGCCCAACUCGAGGAGGCGGAACAAUCUCUAAUCGCAGAGAGACUGGAUGCUAUACAAAGGGGACUUAUUCAAACUGGAGAUACAGAUUAUUGA